AUGCUCAGACUGGCGCUGACCAUGAGGACUCUUCGCAGGUCGAAAUUCAUGAGUUCGCCCAGCCUCAGUGACUUGGGCAAGAAAGAACAGGCAGCUUUGGAUGAGAGAGGGACGCAGCAGAAGCGAGCCGGAUCCAAUGCCACCUGGAACAGCAUCCAGAAUGGAGUAAUAUCCGUGUUUCAGAAGAAAGGCCUUCAGGAUCAUGAACUCUACAACCUCAAUGAAGGGGUCCGGCAGCUUCUAAAAACUGAACUGGGCUCUUUUUUCACUGAAUACCUUCAGAACCAACUUCUCACCAAGGGAAUGGUAAUUCUUCGAGACAAGAUUCGCUUUUAUGAAGGUCAGAAACUUCUUGACUCCUUAGCUGAGACUUGGGAUUUCUUCUUCAGUGAUGUCCUGCCAAUGCUCCAGGCCAUUUUCUACCCAGUCCAGGGGAAGGAACCCUCCAUCCGACAGCUGGCUCUGCUACACUUUAGAAACAUAAUAACCCUUAAUCUGAAAUUGGAUGAUGCCUUAUCCCGGCCACGAGCUCGUGUACCUCCUUCCAUUAUUCAGAUGCUGCUAAUACUUCAGGGUGUCCAUGAAUCGAAGGGUGUGUCAGAGGAAUAUCUGAACUUGGAGUCACUUAUUCAGAAGGUGGUCUCUCCAUACCUUGGAACAUAUGGACUGUACUCGAGCGACGCUCCUUUUACUCACUCUUCCUGCAUUCUAGAAAAACGCAUAUUCCGCCGUUGCCCAAAGUCCGGUGAUGUUGUAACUAAGAACCCAGUGGUGCGAUCCAAGAGCUACAACAAUCCGCUGCUGACACCGGUUGCUGAGUAUGAAAUGGAAAAUCUGGCGGCCAAUGGGACGGGAAUUCGCAGGCACUCCGUGUCGGAGAUGACCACCUUCCUGGAGAUCCAGGGCUACUCCAACCUGACUACCAUCCUAGACUCCAGCUCCAAACUCUCCAUGACCACCACUAAAACACAACCUCCAGCCGAACUGGAGAGACCCUCUGUAGGCAACGGACAAUUUCCACCUGUCCACAAUAACAGUGAACCUCAACAAGUACUAUUACAAAGCCAGAACUCAAUAGAGGAGCUGUCCAGGGACUCCACGCUGCUUCCUGCACCUUCCUCCAGCCCAGAGACAAUAGUCGAUCAGAUCUUAGAAUCCAUAGAAUCGGACUCUGAAGGAAUUUUCAUUGAUUUUGGAAGGGGAUGUUCGAAACCUUCAGGAUACGGCAUGGAUGUGGGCAGACAAAGCCUCGUAUAA